AGUACUUAAAAUCCAACGAUAUUAUUCAUUGUUUCUUAUUCGAAUUCAUUAUAGUAUAUCAUGAACAUUUAUUUAAUAAUUAAGAUAUCAAAUCAUAUGUUUUCAUUGGUGCCAUUUUGUAUACAAUAAACCACUAACAGUUCUUCCAAUGCUUUGAAAUUAAUCUAUCAAAACCUUAAAACCUUGCAAGAACACUUUGAAUGUUAGUAACUCAAAAAGGCCACCAAAAUAUUGUGCUAUAACCAAACAUUUGUUUCAUCUGACUAAAAUGACUAUAUAUUUCACCUUAAAUGUUUUUACUGUGUAUUUUCAGUUAAUAAUCAGGCCGAUACUUAAAAAAAACACGGAAUGUGGAAUAUAAGCAGAUGUGCAGAACGCAAUUUCCAUUCAGAUUUUCUAUUGUGAUAUCAUUUUGUAUUACCAUGAUUACAGCCAUACUAGAUCGGUGCGUUAUUUCGUGAAUGAUGUUCAUGCUUGAUUUGAUUUUUAUAUUCCCAUUUCUGUGUACGUGUUGAUGUACAGUAACCUUGAUUUCAUCUUUAUGUUACUAUUAUAUCAGAUUGAGAUUCUUUAUCACUAUGAUAAUCUCAGUCAACGUCCGUCUGCAUCACGUGAUCUCGCUCAGUUCAUCUGUAAGAUGAAACAUCUGAAGGACCUCACACUCGACGGUUAUUAUCAUGAUGACUUUUACUCAACAGCAUCGUCGAUGGCUUCAACUACAAAGAUUGAGCGUCUUGAUAUCAAACGUGUUGAUCUCAGUCAACGUCAGCCUGCAUCACGUGAUCUGGCUCAGUUCUUUUGUAAGAUGACUUAUCUCAGGGAACUUCGUCUCGGUGAUCGAUACUACAGUGUCUCAUUUCAUUACGAGUUCUAUUCAACGUUAUCAUCCUUAGCAUCGUGUGCAAAGAUGAUAUUCAUGAUAAAUUUGAUUUUAAUACUCCCAUUUCUGUCAACGGAUUAAUGUACAGUAACCUUGAUUACAUCUUUAUGUUACUAUUAUAUCAGAUUGAGACUCUUGAUCACAAUGAUCAUCUCAGUAAACGUCCGUCUGCAUCACGUGAUCUCGCUCAGUUCAUCUGUAAGAUGAAUCAUCUGAAGAACCUCACACUCUACGGUCAGUAUCAUGAUGUCUUCUACUCAACAGCAUCGUCGAUGGCAUCAACUGCGAAGGAUGACUGCAACACAAGCUCUAAUGUUACUGAUCUGACCAUCAGUGAUGAGACACUAGAAGGAUGGCAGGAUUGUGGUUCAAUGUUUGACAAUGUGAAGAGGAUCACCAUACAGGUAUGGGGCACGAUCAGAAGUGACGUCAUCCAGAGGAUCCAUCUACCAGCAGUAACAGAGCUCACCAUUCAAACGCUUGAGAGUGCGUAUCGCCCGGCUUCUCUCCAUGAUGAUCCCACCUCACUGCCCAAUGCACUUCGCAAGGUCUCAUCUCAGCUUGUCAAGGUCACAUUCACAGAUCUCGACAUCGGUAACAGUGAGAUUAGAGACAUCAUUCAAGCUUUCAGAUCAUCAGAGGACCUCAAACAUCUGAAGAUCCUAAGAUUCAUACGAUGUGGGACUGAUGAGAGAUUAGAUCCUUCUAGCAUUGAUUCCGAUGAUGAACAUAGAACAAAGGUGGAGAUAGUACGUGGCACACCAGUUGGUAAGUACUUUAGAAGAUAAAGUUGCAGCAUCAAGGUCAUGACGAAUCGGACGAGAUUAAUAUUCAAGUAUGAUGGCAGCCAACAAGAAGCCAUGAGUUAUUUCAUUUCGGAGUACCAUAAUAGAACAGUUUACUGAUCAUAAGCUCCCACACCUCAACCAUAUGAUAAUGCGUCGGUUAAAACAUGGACCUAUUGGAGAAGGACAUUCAACGCUAUCAUUUAUUCGAUCAAACGAGAUCCGACGCCUAAUGAUAAUGUGCAUCUCAAUGGCAACAUACAUGUAUUUUGACAAUAGCGACUACCAGUGCGUUAUUUUCAAAGCACAACUUUCCUGUUGUUAGUUAUGUUGGCUGAUGCCCUGUGUUAGAGAAUGCUUUUCAAUUCAUAUGCUUUAGAUUUGAAGCAGCAAAGUGAGGAAGCAGCCGAUUUUGUGAAUAAAUGAUAUCAUCAUUUUAUCCGCUGACUUCCGUACGCACAUAAUGACCUCAAUCAAAUUAAGAGAUAAACGCUCUCUAAUAUGAGCCAUGCAUAUCUUGAAUAUUAGGAUAAAAAAAUAAAGAAGGGAUUAUAAAUAUAAAUAUCUUCUGCGCAUGCAGUUUGUGCAAUAUCAAUGUCUUAUCACGAACUGCUUCUUUCACCCCAAGGCCGAAUUGACGGCGGAACAUGGUAGGAUGAAAGUAGAAAACAUAUAAACCGAAUGAAAUUCAGCAACAUUUGCCACGGAAUGAUUUUGUUAGGUGGUUGAAGCCCCGCCCCUCCCCUACCGCCCCCGCUUACGCGGACCCUGCAUAAUACUCAUGAGGGGGGGGGGGGUAAUGCGCAUUCUGGUCGUUAUGCAAAUGAAGAAUUAAUACAGUAACCGACUCAUUAUUCCUGUUGUGUUUCAUUAUCAAGUAUUCCUAUAUGUUAUGUGCCAUUGUUGCAAUCUAUGGUGAUUCAGUGACAAUUGAUUUCCUUAUGUAAAAAAGAUCCUUACAUUGGAUAAUAGAAUUGAAAGGAUUUAUAACUGUAUUGUGGAAACAAGCGAGACUCCUUAAAAAGUGUAUAACUUAUUAAACUUUCAUAGAUUACUGAAGCGAUGACGUCGGUUGCCAUGGUGCCAUGGCGGCCUGGUUCUAAACAAGUGAACCCGGAAGUAUUGCGAACUGCGCAUAUCACAAAGCGCGUGUUUCUAAGGAAAACAAAGGUUGCUAUCGGAAUUUCAUCGCUUGCAACCUCAUAAUAAUGGUAACAAUCGGGGACAAACACAUCACCAUUUUUCCAAAUUCGAAUGUGUAUAAACGAUUGUCAGCUGCGACUCUGUUUAGAACCAACCGGUUCAUUGCCAUGACACCGUGACGUCACAAUUCGGUACUGAAAACGUCGGUCCAUAUUUUACAUCCGAUUUUGAAGAAAUUUCGCUUGUUUCACUUGUUUGCGUCCCCUAUUUCAUUCAAAUUUAUAUUCUUGGUGGUGGACGGGUCCUUAAAUUAUUUUGUGACCAACCGAUUCAAAAGAGUCGAAGAUAAAAAGAUACCCAAACAUAACCGCUGCAGCUGUAAGACCGUCCUCUACCAUGGAGGGUUGUAUUUGAUCGAAUAUUGUCAUAGUUUUAUUAGAUAUUUCAUUCCUACCGAGCAGUUACAACCUUUAAAAAAAACAAUGGACGUUUAUACAUGAUUAAUUUCUAAUACCUGAUACGAUACUUAUUACUCUAAUUUUUUGUUUAAAGAGUUACUUUUCAUUGAACUUUUACAUAGUUAUUAUCUUGUUUAGAAACAAGCAAUCAUUCUAAUGUGUGAUAUAAAGUUGAAUCGUCUGUAAAUAGGGUAACUACAUGAUUUGUACCAAACGCAAUCUAAGCGGAGAAAUGCAAACUUCCUAAUAUGUUUGUUAAAAAAACAAAUUAUAAUUUUAUAUUGCUCAUUACAUCAUUGGUUCGAUGUCUUGUUUUGUAGCAUUUUAUAUACUGUAGAGAUUGAUGGGAUGACCAAACAAAAACAAAAUCCGAUGAGUUUCUAUCAUCUCAUAAUUUCAUUCAAUUUUUCAUAGCACUCUUUCCAAUUUCCCGCGAUUGCAUAUAAUGUUUUGUUUGUUCAUCUUGACAUAAUAAGCAAAUACAACAUAAACAAUAUUUAAGUACAAUCAUACAAACUGGUUAUGAAUGGAGGAUGCUGUCAAAAAAGCUUGUAGAGAGAUUGUAGAGUGCAUCUUCCUUUUAAAAUAUUCGUGUAAAUAUUAUAAAUAAUAAAACAAAAUCAGAAAAAGGAAACAAAAAACAAUCAAUUGCCUACAAAUCGCACAAAAUUAAAGAGAAAUGACACAAAAGAGAUCAGGAUAACCAUUUUAUACAGGGAAGUAUUAACAAUGAAUGCGAAGUUCGUGACAAACAUGCAUGGCACACCUUUUACUGGCGUGCAGGAAAAGAUGGGUAAUUAGUCAUUAAUGGUUCGCUAACGUUGAAGUAAAAAAACGGAUGAUGUUCUACAAUGUCAACAAAUUCACAAUAUUACUGGUUACUGUAUUUGUAUCAAAUCACACAUUUCGAAUGUAAAUAGUAAAAAAAUAUUGUCUGUAUACAUGGUAUAUUGUAAAUAAUAUAUUACAUUAUCGUCAUUUUAUGUUUUGUUCAUUGCUUUUGUGAAUUGUUUUGCAUCACUAUAUAUUUACUAUGCCCCGCCUAACGAAAUUUGUAAUGAAAUGAAAUGUGGCUCACACAUUGGUCUCAAGGUAACGAUGUGCAGGAAAUAUUUUUCCAUUUCUCAUGAAUCGUGUUGCCUUGGUUAGAACAUAUGUUAAAAAGAAUCCCCCCCCCCCC